UCUGCCUCGCUCCCUCCUGUGAGCCGCCUCCUCGCUCCACCCACCCUCUCCCUCCUUCCCAGGCCCUCUGCAGGUCCCUCUGAAGCGCGCCUGCGCUGCCGGCCAGCCUCCGGCAGGUUGGACUCGCUCGGGCCGUCUGCCCGCUCGCCAUGGCCAUGGCUUCUCCAGCGAUCGGACAACAGUACCCUUACCCGCUGCUGCUGGAUAAGGAGCAGCAGCUCUUCCUCCAGAGCCUCAGCGCCAACGAGAGGAAGAAGAUCCUCAAGCGCUCCGCUUCCAAUGACAUGAAACAGCAGCCCAGGCGGAGGCAACCGCAAGAGCCGCAGCAGCCGCCCCACGCCGCGGGGGCCAUGUCCCAUUGGGGCUCGGAGGAGGGCUGCAGCAGCGGGCCAGAGGAGGACGACCUCCUCGCGGGGAAGGCUGGGGCUCGGCAAGAGCGCGGUGCAGAGCGACUCCCGGCGAGCGCUCCUGGAGCUCCGCACCCUGCUGCUGCGUGCGGGAGGCACCGCGGAAGCGCAGCGGCGUUGGAGCGCCCGGUGCCCGCCGCUGGGCAAGCAGAGGCACAGCAAACGGCGGACAUUCUUGGAGCCCCGAUCCUGCCAGGAGAGGAGGCGGCGGCGGCGGCGGUCCUGGCGAACUUAACUCCCCGGGAGCCUACCGCAUCACCUGGCCCCGCGGCCAAGCCCCUCCGCUCCGGCUUGCCGCAUCACCAGCGGCUGCGGCUAAGAUCCGGGGCGCCUCGGCUGCUGCCCGACGUGCGCACCAUCUUUGAGCAGCCGCGGGAUCCCCGAGUGCGCGAAGAGAAGGGCGAGGGGCACCGCUUCAUAGCCUUUGCCCUUUGGAGGGGCUGGUGCGAUCUGUGCGGGGAGGCCGUGCAACAGCGGGCACUGCGCUGUGCCAACUGCAAGUACACCUGCCAUCAGGAAUGCAGAAGCCUCAUCCAGCUGGACUGCAGCCAGCAGGAAGGACCAAGCUGCAACAAACCUUCACCAGAAAAUACCUUAACGCAAAACUAUAGCCAGAAUGUAACUAAAGCAGUAGAAGAAGAAAAACCAAAAGCUCCCACCAUCCAAGAGCUGAAGCAGAAGAUUGACAGUUACAACUCAAAAGUCAACAACUGCUUGUUGAUGAAGCUGAAUGAUGAUGGCACUUACACAGGCUUCAUUAAAGUGCACCUGAAACUGCGCCGGCCUGUGACAGUCCCAACAGGGAUCAGGCCACAGUCUAUGUAUGAUGUCCUCAAAGAGGUCAACUUAGCCAACAUGACCGAAAAGAGAACAUCUUUCUACCUGCCUCUGGAUGCCAUCAAGCAGCUGCACAUCAGCAGCACAACCACUGUGAGUGAGGUGAUCCAGGGACUUCUGAAGAAAUUUAUGGUGGUGGACAACCCACAGAAAUUUGCACUUUUCAAGCAGAUGCAGAAAGAUGGUCAAGUUCUUUCCCAGAAGCUCUCGGUAACAGAGUACCCUUUGUACCUCCGGCUGCUAGCAGGUCCCGACACAGACAUUCUCAGUUUUGUGUUGAAAGAAAAUGAAACAGGGGAAGUUGAGUGGGAUGACUUCUCUAUUCCAGAGCUGCAGAACUUCCUUGUAAUACUACAGAGGGAAGAAAAGGAUAAAAUCCAGCAAGUGCAGAAAAAGUAUGACAGAUUUAAACAAAGACUGCAGGAGGCCUUGAAAGAAGCAAAUGAGAAGCCUGGAUAACCAAACUUGGAAGCAUGGCUAGUGAUAAACUAUACAAAUAUAUAUAUACAUAUAUAUAUCUAAUUAUUUAAAAAAAAUUUAAAAAGACUUUUUCUCAGGACACUUUUUUGAUUGGUUGCUGUCUAAGGUGUGAUCAGAACUGAUAACUAUUGAUGUUUCAAUCUGCUGGCCCUCAAGAAACCAAAAAUGAAUGCUGCUUCUCCUUCCACCAUGGUCAUACUGAACGGCACAGCCAGGAAACUUUGCAGCGAGUGCUGAAUGGCCAAGGAACUGGGUUGCUUCUAGUAUAAAUGCCAAGGGCCAGACUCUAACCACUCUCUUCCUUCUCCUGCCAUCCAGAUACCUCACCUGCUGGAUUGGUGUAAGUGUGGCAGAAGUGUCGUGAAUGUGCUCUCUGUAAUCAUGUUAUGUGUACUGUGGAAAGCACCACAUCUGCGAGUGGAAGGUUAUUGUUCGGGGGGCGGGGGGGGGGAGACACUGAAGAGAAUGCCAAACAGAUAGUUGCACAAGAUGAAGAGACUCAACUAACCCGAUGCCAAGAAGGCUGUAGCACUACAGCAGGUCUUGAUGAGCUUUAGUGCUUUGGCCUUGAUCAAGUGUUUGUAUUUUCUCAGGGGGGAAAGGUCAGGUUUUCUUUUUAGCAACUUCGGACAGUUGUGUCCUUGGUGUCGCCCCCAGCCUAACAGUUUAAGCUUAGCCUUGCUAUUGCUGACAUGGUUUCCUUUUAUCCAGUAGGAAGAACCAGCUGAGUUUGUUACUUGCCUCUUAAUGCUAGAUGUUGAAAUUUGUUAUCUAUUCGUCAGGAAUUGUAUGUCAAGCCCGUGAACAGUAGGCUGAGGUACCCUUCAGAUGUAGGCAUAGCUGCUGCAUGGGUCCCAUAAGGGGAUCUUAUGGGGCUGGGCCUAAACCUUAACAGUGCAACCACAAGGGGAGAAUCGGUGGGGAAAUCCCACACCACUGACCCAACCCACAUGGCUGCAUCAUACAGCCUUUGGUGGCAAGGGAAGCUCUCACAGAAAAAUGGUUCCCAUGCAGCUGUGGCAAUGUAUGAAAGGUGUGGCCUUUCCAGGAAAGUGGGUACAGCUCGCUGGCUCUGACUCUAGGAUAUGAGGCAGUCUCUCCCCCCAACGUAUCCAUAACCUGGUGGCAUGGUGAGACAAAGGAAUUGUUUUUUCCCCUCUCCCCAGCACACACACACACCCCGCAUGUUUUUCAAUGGAAGUCUGAUUUAAAUGCAAUUUAAGGCAUUUUCCCUAGUUGUAUACACACAGCCUUUUGAAUUGAAGCGAUUAUGGUGGACAUACGCAGCUUACGGCCUCUGCGGUGGUCUGCCCUGAGGCUGCUGUAGACUUCAAAGCCAGCCCCGAUGCUGUUAUGAGGAGCAGUCACAGAAGCUGCAUUUCUGGAAGUUUCCCCAUUGCCAUAUAUGGGAAAGCCUCUGGAAAUGCAGCUGCUGCAGUCACUGCUUCAGAACAGUGCUGGAGCUGCCUUUUGAAGUCCACAGCAAAUGUGGGGGCAGAUCUUUAUGGAGGUAGUAGGCUCAUGCCAACUACUGGCUUCACUUGAGAUUUGAACAGAUUAAACUGAAGAUCACUUUUACUCCCAUGUAGUAACUAUGUAGUUCAUAUUCAGACCUUGAACUGUGUAGAGGCAAAGUCCAGCCCCUGUAAAGAACAGCCAUCAGAAGAACCAGGCCUGCCUGCACAAUGCCUUUGUAGAUUCCCUCAAGCAGAACUGCCUUUGGGCAAGCCAGGGAUUAGUUCCCUUCCCUGCAGUAGAGGGACAGCAAAAGCUUACCUUGGAGCAUAAAUUAGUAGGUGCUCACCUCCGCUCUGGCCUCACUUGCAAGCUGCUACGGGCAGCAGCGUGCCGCCCCCCACUCCCUGCGGAGGGCGGAUCAGCUCUGCCACUCAACUUCCCGCCAGUGGGGGAUUGGCUCCGCGGAAGCCAGGUGAGUGGCAGAGCCGAUCCCCCGCUAUACAGAGAGUGGGGUGGCACACUGCUGCUUGGAGCAACUUGCAGGAGUGGCUGGAGCGGAGGCACCCAUUUAUGCCUCAAGGCGCCUCUCGCCACUCCCCCCUGGUGGCACCUGUGCCAGCCGCUAUUCCCUGGGAGAACAAGGUCUGUGCAGGUUGUACCCUGUCAAUGAAAGGACUGAGGUGAACUAUCAGCACAAGGCAGGCAGGGGGAAAGUAGGGAGCAUAGAACAGAGAAGCACAUGCAACUGCUGGACCCAGAGAACAGAGCACUCAAAGCCUUCCUAAACACGGGAGAAACGGUGGGCCUAGCAAAGUGAGGAAGGCUCCCAGGAGUUCCUCCACUUGUGGCACCAUCAAGAGAGAGAACGGAAGGCAGUUUCUGUCAGUCACGACCUCCUUCUCCCUAGGAUGGAUCCUCCUUUUUGUUGCCUUUGACCAGCUUUUCAGUUACUGGCACCUCUCCUGCUCCUGCUCCCCACCCCCCUACUCCCACCCCUGGCAUGUCUUGGAACAUUUUUAUAGAAGGCAUGGCUUCUUAUGCAAUUUAUGUGAAUGCUGCUGACUAAGCCUCCUAAAAAUUGAGAGGAGGGUGUGUUUUUUUGUUUUUAAAGAUUAUAUAGCUAAGGGGCAUUAAUGGGGAAAAAUAGGUCAGAUAGUGAGAGAAAACGGAGUCACUUGAUCUGGCAGAGCAGAAGCCUUAGAUACGAGUUAGCCUAGGCCCCACCUUAAGCGCAGACUACUGCUGGCAGUGCCUUUGUUAGUCUAUUGUGUUGCCUGCAUAUGUAUGUGUGUAACUUUUUCUUUUUAAUGGUUGACUGUAAACAUGUAAAAUCUGUAUAGAAUGGAGUUAGUGAAAGCUUAUGUGGUAAAGUAAAUACAUUUUUGCAAUGCUGUAAUUUAUUUUUACUACUCUUUCAACCCUAUGGCAUUUUAAAAUGUCACCUUUCCGCUUUUUUUUUAAAGCUCCUAAACAAUUUGUUCAUGCAAUACAAACUGUGUAAGAAGCUAUUAAAAAUAAAACAGUCCCUGACAAAACUG